GCAACCAUUUGUUUUCGUCAGUGAGAAUGGCGGACGAGAGGCGUAGCAGCGACGAGCUCUCCGACGGUGGAGCAGGACCAGGAGAGAGGGGAGGCUGUGUGAACACUAAGACUGUCUCUUCCAGCAAUGGAGGGGGGGGGCGGGGGUGGGGGCCGGGUGCAGGGAAGCGCUCUGCCCCAGAGGAGCCCACAGGCCACCAAGCACCGCCCAAAGUCUCCAAGAUGGGCUUUGGGAUGACAAGCCAGCUCAUCAAGAAGCCUGCCCCGAUCUCUAUCAAGCUGGGAGCCAGUAAGCCCAAAGAGCCUGUCCCAGUUCUGCCUGCCAAGAAGCCUGCUCUUGCUGCAGUGUUCAACGAGGAUGAAGACAGUGAACCAGAGGAGAUGCCCCCUGAGGCCAAGAUGAGAAUGAAGAACAUUGGGAGGGAGACACCUACAUCGGCCGGGCCCAACUCCUUCAAUAAAGGAAAGCACGGAUUCUCUGACCACCAGAAGCUUUGGGAGAGGAAGCUCAAGUCUCAGACAGAUAAAUAGACCUGUAAUUGGGGUUAGAAUGGGAAGAGGGUUUUUUAGGCUAGGUUAUUCUCAGUGUGUAGAUAGAACUCUUUAAGUUGUCCGUCUCUUCACAGUGUAAAAUUGUAAAUACUUAACGAGACAUUCAUGUGCUAUGGAGCAUCUUUUUCUGUUUUAUAAAUAUACUUUUUAUGUGAGAGUGUCGCUCAAAGCUGUGCUGUCAGAAUGAAGUGGCUCACCCUCAAUUCUAAAGGUAUUUCACACAACAGCUUUACUGCUGGUAGGCAAGAGCCUUUCAGAACCAUAGAGAUUAUUGCUUUACUGAAACCGUUCUUACAAAAUAGGCUAAUUGUUGUCAUUUCUGUCCAGCCCCCUCUGCCCAAGAUAAAAAAUGUGAUAAAAAAUGAGGCUUAAAUUUCUGUUUAUUGCAGUGUUUCCCAACCUUUGUUAUAAUAAUGUAUUGUAUAAUAAAUGCAUAAA